UUCAUCAUCAGCUGAAAACUUUGGUCUGAAUCAUUUCAUGUCUUUGACCUUUGACUCUUAAGUAAAUAUGUGAUGAAGCGCGACUCCUACUUUAGCUGAAAGAAGUUAAACAUACUUACACCGGAAACAAGGCCUGUGACCACCAAAAUAAAAGCACACAUUCAACUCAUCAGUCUUCAUUUGAUAAAUUCAGUUACAAUUAUAUUUAUUUUGGUUAACGUAUCACAUUGAGCUUCACUUUUCUGAGUCAAAAUUCAUUCUACGUAAGUUCAUUCUGGGUGAUUCUGUCAGAUCAAUAAUAAACCAAUUUAUUUUAGAUGUAUUUUAUUAAUUGAACUGAGAUGUGUUCGACUUUUUAAUUGAACACGAAAUAAAUUUUUCUGGCGCGUGCAUGUGUGUCACAAAGUUUCAAAAGGCAUCUGCAGGUAAUAUUCAUUUGCUGAAAAAAACAAAAUUUGGAAAAGCUUUUAGUUUGAAGACAGGAAGUGCGUGGUGUUGUGGCUCGCGUGACAGCUGGCGGGAUCAGCUGAUGGGAACUGAAUCAGAACUUCCCGGACAAACUCCCAGUAACGGGAAGAGGACUCACCGGGACGCGGCUGGAGCAGCCUGUCUGACUGAGGGGGUCCGGAGAAGCUGAAUGAUGCUGGCGGCAGGUGGAAGCUCCUCCUCAGCCCUCCAGUUCCGCGGGGGAGCAGUGGCACUGCCGGUAAACCCAGCUGAUGUUCCGGCUCUGGAGAUAAAACUGGGAGCUCUGGUGGUUCUGCUGUCCAUCACUCUGGUGUUUGGAUUUGCUCCACUCUGCAUCGUCCGAGGGACGGGGCGCUGCAGCAUCAACUCAGACAACUACACUGACCUGUGCCAACAGAGGGAGGCUUUCAUAAAGGGUGAGGACAUCUGGAAAAGAGAGGAAGACAGGGGAGGAAAGAGGAAGAUAAAGCCCAACAGCAGGUGGAUGGACAAUGAGGAAGAGAGUCAACAAUCAAAAAAGCAAAAAUUUUAAACGGCAUCCUGUCCUUCAAAAGAGGCUGCAGACCAAAUGAUUGAAGACUUGAAGAAGGAUCUGAUGGCAAGACAAAAAGAUUUAGAGUCCCCAACCGAAUAUGAGGAGUUAUCAGAUGACGAGCUGCCAUCCAGGAACUGGAGCAAGGCACAAAGGCAAAUAAAGCCGUUAAUAGCCGAGAAUAAAAGGCUGAAAGAAGACAACUUUAAACACCCAAUAGAAGCAAUGAAAGAGCUUCCAGCAGUCGGGCAGAACUUACGAGACAUAUCUGAGCUAUUGUCAUUGAUCUCAAGCAGUGCAUCUGCCAGAUCAACACUCGUGCAAACACCUGUACGAACACCAGCGAGAUCAGAACUGCAACUUUCUGCACCCGCGUCUCCUCAGGUGGACUCUGCUGACUUGGUGUCUCUUGUGUCAGGAGAGUCAAAGUCCCCAGACAGAAGCUCAACUCUCUGCGGACUUCAAGUCACUCAGUUUACAUCGGAGACCUGGCAGUGCUCGUCUACGGCAGGGAAACGCUGUCCUGUGACCCCACCACCACCACCACCACCACCACCACUACCACACUUCCCACUGGUCAGGUCGCGGAGACAGUCGCCUAAACAGGGAGGCCAAGACUUUCCUCUCACCAGCCACUUGGGCCAGCUCUUUCGGGGGAAUUCCCAAAGCGUUCCCUUCCCAGCCGAAGAGUCUCUCCUUCGGCUACAUCACACAUUGCACCCAACAUCUUUGGCUCCUUUCACAAGUGGUGAGUCCAAGAAAUGUAUUGAACAGAAAGACAAGCUGAAUUUACGCCCUUCUCUGUUAUUGCAGCCAAACGUGUGAACUUACCUAAACAAAUACGAUGAAAUGCUAAAAACUGGUUUCUUCAUUAGCUUCCCUCCCACCCCCUCGCAAUUUACUAUAGUGGACAGCAAAGCAUGCCCACGAUGAAAAACAAGAUUAUAAACUUCUUUCGACUGUUUUAACAGCCCAUCUAAAGUGCUGUAAAUUAGCUAUGGCUAAAAGCAUCUUGCUACAAACAUGUGAACGUGGUUUUACAAUGUCCAUGUUCCUGUAUCUGUCUCUAAGUACAUGCCAUCAAUGAAUAAUUGUGUUUGAAGGACUGAUUUUAAAAUUUUCGAACCCAGGGUUUAGAAUGCCGGGCGUGAUGCAGAUUUAAGGUAAGUACUUCCUAUGACUUGUAUACCUUAAUUUCAUUGGUAUUCCUUGUAAGUCUAAGCGUGGUUCAUUUUUAACUUCACCCUUAGUUCUCCGAACAACGUUUGUUUGAUAAGUUGACAUGUUUUCUUCCUCUAUGUCAGUCAAUUCCUUUCUCAACGUAUUUUUCGCCGCUGAGUUUUGCUUGAGAGCUGAAAGUCUCGCUUUAUCUAACCGUUUUAACUUUGAGUCUACAUACUCUAUUCUGUCAAUCGCAGAGCAAGACUCCUCCUUAACAUCUAAUGGUAAAUGCCGGUAUUUUGCCAACAAAUAGUCUUGGAACUGAUUCUCUCUCUUUUUCUGUUCCUCUAGGUUUGACGAGCCUUCUUGAUUUGAACACUUCAGGGCUUCCAGUUUGUUAAUUUUUUGUUUAUUUUGUGAGAUAGCACCUAAAAUCCAGUCCUUCUUACGACUAGGCAUUUGGUUUAAUUUCAUAGGAGUUGCUCUUAACUCUAAGGUUGGUACUAAUUUAAUUUUUGAGAGACAGUCAUCUAAAAUCUUCUCCUCCAGGGCUUCGUUUUCAUGUUGUAAUUUGUAAUUUUGCAGGACUUUAUUUUCCUCUUCGAGUUCCCAAAGUAAAUGCCCCUGUUUACUUAAAUUACGCUUAUGGGCUAAAAUUGUAUCUUUGGCAUCUCUAUUUACUAAAAUUAAAUCAAGAUCAUAUUUUUCUAACUCCUCUUCAUAAGUGUCCAGUUGCUCUAAUUUCUCUGCAGCAGAACGCUCAGUCUCUCUUACAAAGCGCUCUUUCAAAUCUUUGAGUUUUUGUUCCACAUUAAAUAAGUUUAUUAACAAUCUCUCCCUUUCUUUCAGUGGUUCUAUAUGAGGAUGAUGUAGGUUUUCCAUGCUACCUGUUUGCUCUGAGGCGUGAACUGUGACUGAUCCGACGCUGGUCAAGGUAUAUGACG